AUGGCUAUCCCACGACAGAUCAUCAUCGUCGGCUCUGGUGUCUUUGGCUUAUCUACGGCGUACUAUAUGAGCCGCGACGCUACGUUUGCCAAAAGUAGUAUCAUCCUCCUGGAUGCCUGGGACUUUGAGCCGGACUCGCAAUCGGCUUCUGUGCAUAAUCCUGGAGCAGCAAAUGCAGACACGUCGCGCAUUAUUCGUCGUGUCUAUCCACAAGGCCCAUACGCUGCGCUCGCAGAUGAAGCCGUGCAGCGCUGGCAUGCAGAGUGGGGCAGAGAUGGCCGAUAUGUCGAGCAGAAACUAUUAUUUGCUGCAGAAGGCUCUUCCAUUAGGUCCCCCCGAAAACGCGGCGAGACCGUUAAUUAUAUCAAGGAUUCCUAUGACACUAGUUGUGAGAUGACGCCUGGGGGUGCCGAGUCGCUAGAACUCUGGGACUCACUUGAUAGGAUACGUUCAGAGCUUCGGUCAUCUGCGAAGCCAUCUGGGAAUGUCGAUAACACAGAAGAGAAGCAACAGGAAAGGUCAUUGAGAGGCUUCAUCUCGAAUGAUUGCGGUUGGGCCAAUUCUGGAGCAGCUAUGGAGUGGUUACGACAAGAAGUGGUUCGCAUGGGUCGUGUCGAGCGUCGUGUUGGCGAAGUGCAGCGUUUGAUUUGUUCGAAUGACGGAACACGAGUCAACGGGGUCCGUCUUCAAGAUGGGGUAGAACUCCGAGCAGAUUUGACCAUUGUUGCCGCAGGCUGUCACUCAGCACGCAUCCUGGGUGUGCCAGAAAUGUGUAGUGUCGAGAGCGCAGUUGUUGCAUACAUCCAGCUCUCCGAGGCUGAGAGCAAAGAGCUCAAGAAGAGAAACUGGCCGUUGAUGAUCAACACUCAUCGAGGAGUAUUCUGCGUUGGACCUGAUCACGACCAUUGCCUAAAGUUGGGGCAAUGCUCAGCCAUGAGUAAAAGGGAAAUCUUGAAAAGCGCUUCUCUCGCCACCGAGCCGCAAACCCGCUUCUCAGAAGCCAUCCAUCAGCCUGAUUGGGAGAAUCCCAAGGUUGGUUGGGGGUGCGACGUCAUGCUGUCUGGUCAAGGUGAUGUUGUGGACCCUGAGGGUGCCUCAAUAAACAAGACUUUGGCCGCUUUCCGUUUAUUCCUUCUGGAGCUACUUGGACCGGUAGACCUCGGAGGUCUUGACAUUCUAGAAUCAGAUGACGCCCUACUCAACAAGAUCGCAGUCAGACCGUUCUCUCGGGUACAUAAGUGUUGGUACAAUGACACGCCGACAUAUGAUUUUAUAGUUGACUAUCACCCUUCGUAUGGCAGGAGUCUAUUUGUCGCUUCGGGAGGCUGUGAUCACGCAUUCAAGUUUCUACCGGUUUUGGGGGAAAAGGUGGUGUCCAUACUCCUUCACCAAAUGGAUAUGUCUAGCUCUUCGGCGCCAAUAGAUUCUUCGAUAGAAGAGCUGUGCAAACUAUGGAAGUUUCCAGCGCAUCUCGUGCGCUAA